UAACUGUUUUAACAGGAAGACAUUGGCUUUUAGUUACUUUCUGAAGACAACUGUGUGGAUUGCACACAUGGAAAUCAUCCAGACAUUCGUGUUUAUACUUCAGCUUUCUCCUCAGAUCACCAUGUGGACGGACUACCAGACAGUGAAUGUGCUGGCCUACACACGGAUGAUGGAGAAUGGCUCCACAGACCAGGCAGUGGUUGUUUUGGUGAAUGAAGCCACAUUUGCGUACUUCGACCAGGCAAAAAACACAUUUGUGUUACGUCCCAGUGCAAGCGCUGGGUUCUCAGUUUUAGAAGGCAGUGAUCGCUCCUUCUGCAUGUAUGAGGUGUUAGCAGGAUUUUAUCGACAAACUGAUUACCUAGAGAAACUCAAACAAGAAACAAAUUCAUCAAAAUCACUUUUGGUACGCCCUUCAGUCAAUGUGUAUACUGAGUUUCCUGAAGAACAAGGAAAAGUAAACGUCCUUUACUGCUAUGCGACUGGGUUUUACCCUGGUGACAUUGAAAUAAACUUUUAUCUAAAGGGCCAAAAGUCCACUGUGAAAGCAGAGACCUCUGACUUAAUGUAUGGGGAAGACUGGACCUUCAGAGUGUACAAGUAUAUGAAUAUGACCCCACAGUAUGGAGACAAGUACACAUGUGAAGUGAGACACAGUAGUAUGGUUGAACCUAAAAUGACAGAGUGGAGUCCUGAGUUUUCAGUAUCCACAUCACAUCUCUACUGGGCUUAUUCACUACCUCCCAGCAUCCUGCUGGGCAUCAUGGUCUCUGUCCUGAUUGUAAGAAGAAAAGGCCGCUCUCAGUUAUAAAGGUGCUUUCAAAGACUAAACUGCAGCGUAUAUGUGCAUCUGUGAAUUUUGUGCUCCUGGGAUCCUGGCAUAUAGACGCUUGACUUCUUUAGAUUACAUUAUAUUUUAAUGAAUUUCUCUACAUGCCACAGUUUUAAGUCUGAAUGUCCUAUUCAGAGGUUUGAUCAAAAACACUCACUCCUUGUUCUUUAAUAAUGAAUUUGAAAUAAUUUUCUAAAUGUUUGUUGUAAAUAAACAUCUCAGAAAAUGUUAUGGGGAUUCAAAUCAGAAUAUGAGUUUUUGUUUUGAAACAAGGCAUAAUUUUAAUGCAUGUCUUCUGGAGAGGACACCAGGACAAACAGCUGUUAAUAAGUCAAUAACAAGACAAUAGGGGCAAAAAAUCAUAAAUCAAUAUUCCUAUGAAAUGUGAGAUACUCUUAUGAAAAUGUUGCAAAGUUAUAACUCUCAUAAUAACACUUCUCAUGGUUUACCCCAAGAACACAUUAAUAUGCAAAUUAGAUGCAGUGUAGCUGUAUGUAGAUACAUUGAAUAAAAUGUGAAUAUUUAUUUAUGGACAUUUUACACACAUUGCAUAAAGUAAAAAUAGUAUUUCAAAUCGUUCUGUUUCAUGUUUCAUAAAAUAUUUGAGAAUAAUCUUUGUACAAAGUUUUCUAGCCUGAAACCUAAAAACUGG